CUCCUGUUAAAGAAUUUAAAAACAUUAUAUAUUUAAACAUAAACUCUCCAAAUCCCAACGCGUACGAAAACUUGAAGAAAAAUUUGGAGAGAAAUUGUAUUUGUAGCUGAAUUUGGAAAACGUAUUACAAGAUGAAUGGGCAGAAAAGGGAGAAGAAAGAUGAGGAGAAGUACGAUAGCGAGGAAGAGAAAUUAGUCGAAACAUCGAAAAAAUUGAAGACUGUGGUUGAUGAUAUGCCCGGAAUUCCGAUUGCUCCGCUGGAUACUGGGAAUAACAAGCAGAGCGUCAUCUUUGUUCUCGAAAACGCUUCCUUGGAGUUAGGCAAAGUUGGCAAGACUUAUCAGUUAUUGAGAUCGGACGAGCAUGCCACCUUUCUGAGGAACAAAAACCGGAACCCCGCUGAUUAUCGCCCUGAUAUUGCUUUUCAGGCAAUCCAAACAAUUUUAGAUAGUCGUGUGAACAAAACUGGGAGGCUUAAAGCACUAUAUGUAAGCACACAGCAAGGUGAUCUUAUAGAGAUCAAACCUCAUGUGCAUAUGCCAAGAACAUACAAGAGCUUCGCGGGUCUCAUGGCACAAUUGCUGCACAAGCACCACAUUAAUGCAGCUGGCAGCGGUGAAAGGCUUUUACAAAAAAUCAAGAACCCUGUGACCAAGUACUUACCCUCCAACAGUCGUAAAAUAGGCUUAUCACAUAGUUCGGAAAAAUUGGUGGAUAUGCACAACUGCAUCGCUAAUAUCAACGAAGAGAUGGAUAUAGUUUUUGUGCUAGGAGCAAUGGCCUAUGGGAAAAUUGAUAAAGAUUAUGUUGAAGAUUAUGUUUCAAUCUCUGAAUGCAAUUUGAGUGCUGCGUACGCCAUUUCGAUGAUUACAAAUGCCGUAGAAAGGAAGUUCAAGAUUAUGUAAGGUCGUAGUGAAAGCCCCUAUGCUGUAGCUCGGUUUCAUAUACAUGUCUUUGUUUGGUUAUGCAAGUUUUAGGUCUGUGGUUAAUCUUGAAUUUUUGCACAUUUGUCUGUUAGCCGUUCUGCUCAGGCGUUUUGGUAACCAGGUUUUGGUACUUUAUAUUUAUAGUGAUAAGAUCUACUAGUACUACAUAAUUCACUACACAUGUAAAGUAUGACACUUAUUCAACUCA